UGGUUUAAUAUGUUUGAGAAUUAGUUUGGGGCAAUUAUAAAGUCCCGCUUAUUGACUUAACCCGAUGCGAUUUCCAAAGGUUUGACAACAGCAUCGUUUAACAAAAUGGCUGAUAGUGGAAGUAAAAUAAGAGAGAAUGAUGAAGUUCCUGGUCGUGUAAAAGAAACAUUUUGUCAACCAUGUUUAAGUAAGGAUUUGCAAACUGUAGCUGACAAGUUUUGUUCAACUUGUGAUGAAUUCCAAUGUAAUGAUUGUUCAAAUGUACACAACGCGCUCGGCAUCUUGAAAAAACAUAAAUUGGUAAGUGUGAACGAAGCUUAUGCUGCAAGUAUUUCGUUUCAAAUGAAGGCCUUAUAUCUUUGUGAUCAACAUCAACAUUCUUUUGAAUUCUUCUGUGAAGAUGAAAAGAAGCUUUGCUGCAGUAAGUGUGCAAUUGUUAAUCAUCGAAAAUGUCACAGCGUUGUAGAAAUUGAGAAGAUCGCUGGGAAUAUAACCUCACCAAUUUCUACCUUAGGGGAGAAAUUAAAGGAAGCUAAAGAAGCUGCUGAGAGUGUUGCCAGACAUAUUCGUUCUUCAAAAGAUCAACUUGCUCAAGAUAUAAAAGAUAUACAUGUAAAGAUUAGACAAAUGCGAGACGAAGUAAUGAACAUGUUUGUCGAUCUAGAAGAUUCCAUUAACAAAAGAGCCGAAAUUCUGCAGAAAGAAACAUUACGAAAUGUGACAAAGAGGCAAACACAAAACGAGAAACAUUUGGCUGGUGUAACAAAGUGCUUAGAGACGAUUGAAAAUAUUUUCAAAAAUGGAACUCCUGUGCAGAUAUAUAUAGCACAACAUAAAAUGGAAAGUAAAGUCAAUGCUCUCUGCAGAAACAUCAAGGACGAAUAUAAGAAAUUAGAAAAGAUGAAAAUGUCUUUUCAAUUUGACCAAACAUUAAAACUGCCACCAUUACCAAUUACUGAAUAUGUUCCAGGACAAUUACUAGUAAAGUCUAAUCGCCAGGAAGACGUUCAUUCUGUUAACAUGACGAUGACUUUGACACCAGUCUCUGCCAUUGGUUUAAAGAAGACUGAAGAUGAUAUCGAUGAGCCGUUAUAUUCAGGUAUAGACUUUUUAACUGAUGGUAGACUAGUGGCUGUGGAUAACAGAAACAAGAAAUGUUUGGUGUACAAUGAGAGGAUUGAGAAAGUAGGAUCAUAUCAGCUGUCUCGCCACCCAUUAUCUGUUGUUGUCAUAUCUGAGGAGGAAUUAGCGAUAACAAGUGGUUAUCAAAUAGAAAUUCUACAUGUUAGUAAAUGUAACAAAAUAAGUUCACGUAGGAUAUGCAAAGUGAAAACGCAAUAUUACUCUAUAUGUUUGAAAGACGAUAGACAGUUUGUCGUAGGCACUUAUAAUGAACCAAAACCUGUUCGUAUUGUAUCAUUGACAGGGAAGGAGCAUGAUUUUAGUGUAAACUUUCCAAACAAAUCAUAUCCUUUAGAUGGUAGCGCUUGUACUUACAUAAAGAGCAGUGACAACGUGGUGAUUACAGAUAGAAACGAGCAUAUUGUCUACAUAUAUGAUAUUAAGACAGAUGCAAGAGUGUUAGUGAAGGAUGAUCAGAUACAGGAACCACGUGGUGCAGCAAUUGGUCCGUGGGAUACGAUCCUGGUGUGUUGUCGUAAUACAAACUCUAUUGUACAGAUAUCUCAAACAGGUUCGAUAUUAUCAUCGUACAGGAUAGAUAUGAUGCAUCCGUGUAAAAUAUGUGUCUCACGUGAUAAAUCAUUACUUGUUGUUACAAAUAGCUAUCCUGGAAAUAAUACAAUGCAAAAAUUCAAAAUAUCAACAUAACAGCACAAUCAUUUGUUUCACAUAGAAUAUUUACACAAACAUUCAAAGUUAUUAAAGAUUGAAACAAUAAUUUUUAUGUAAAUAUAAUGGCUGAAUCAUGGAAUUAUACUUAUGUUCUAACACACGUAAAGCUGUUCAUAACAAAUAAAAGAGACAUUCAAAUAAAACAAUGUGCUGAGAAAAAGUGUGCUAAUCCAAAUGUAGUCAAUGUAUGCUAUGACAGACAUAUUUAAUACCGCUAACAUCAGGAGUAAAAAUAUUCUAUUUCAUUAAUUUCAAUGAUAUAUAUUGAUAUAUUUAUUUCAUUUUAAGCAUACAUGCAUUUAAUUUGAAAUUAAUCAAUUAAUCGACACAUUGAACUUUUCAUGUAGAGACUCCGUUUUCAUUUGUUCAUCACAUACUGUUGAUUGUACAAUACAUUUAUAGUCAUUUGUUUGUAAAUAUCAAUUUGUCGAUGUCCUCAAUGUUUUGUUCAAAUAUGAAUGAUUAGUCACCACGUUAUUUAAAUACCAUUGAUUCCUAUAUCCUGCCUCAGCUGAAAGUGAAUAGGCUUUGCCGCCAGUAUACAGCCACGCCAGCAUGUACAUUCGAGAUGUCUGACCAGCCUAUUUUCUCUUAGCUCCAGACGUGGGGUGGUUGUCAAUUUUUCAUUGAAUUAUUGAAACAUUUUACACAUCAAAUGAACUGUACAAAACUCGAACAGGGCAAGUCCAUUUCACAAAAAAAAAACAAAACAAAAAAAAACAGGUCAAGCGUUAAUAACAACAAAGUUGAUAAUUAAGUUGCCUCUUAAGAUAUAAGAUAUAUUAUAACAUAAUAUAUAAAUUAUGUAUAGAAUUAUUGUUAAUCAUUAUAUGAAAGUUAUGUUAGAAAAUGUAUAUAUUUUACUGUAUUUUAUUAUAUACCUAAUAUCAUGCUCAUAAGGAUGAAUAAAUAAUACUCU